AUGCCCUUCGACGUGUGGGCGCUCGCUACAGUCGCCAGGAAGCUUGGCUUCCACUGCUGUGGUCGCUGGGGUCCGGCGGUGCUCGUCAGGCUCUACGAUGCGACGGUCGGUUCUUCGCUCGCGUCGCCUGCGACGAGCCUGCAUGGCUCGUGGCUCGACGGGAGCUUGCUCAGCACGCUCCCAGGAUUGGACCUCGAGGCGAUCCUCGACGACGCCGGGAGGGCUCUCCUCGAGUCGGCACCUCGACGCCAGUCGCCACCGCGUGUCGGAGUGGUUUCAAGGGAAGCGGAGUGA